CUCACAAUAUUGUUCAUAAAUAAAUAAGGGAAAAAAAGAUCUUCACUCUCCCUUCUCUUCAGUCUUCGCUUCACUCUUUCGCCGGAAAAAUCUCACCGACCAAACUUUCAUUUUCUCUCUCAAAAAAAAAUAAUAAUCAAAGCUAUCAUUUUUUCCAAAUCUCAGAAAUUAAUUUUCAAUUGUUUCGGUUUUUGCACCCGCAUUGAUCUGCGUAUUUCGAUCCUAAUUUCAUGGCUUCUUAGAAAGCUUACUGUAAAAAGAGCUUCAAACUUUACACAAUUUCACUCAUCAAUAUUUUUUUGGCAUUAUUCAUAUACUUUAAUUUUACUUUAUUAAAAGUUGGAUUCUAAAACUUUUUAUUCCGAAAAAUCGUUAAAUUAACAACUUUUUUUUUUUGAAUUUUUUUGUAUUUUCUCCACUUUCUGUAAUUGUUGAAAUUGCAGUUUGAGGAGAGAGAAAAUAAGAGAGAUGGCAGUGGCGACGCCAUGUCUGAAAUUUCAUCACUCUUCAAAUAUUAUCUCUUCGAAGAAGUCAUCUUCAAACGACGGCGUUUUGGUUUUCCGAUCUACUUUUCUUGGAACGACGUCGUCUUCGAAGCUUUACAGAACACGUUCCUGUGAGUUUAAGCCAAAACAACGUUCUUCUUCUUCUUCUUCUUUCAAUUCGAUUCGUAGAGUUUGUAGCGCGAGUUUCGAUAGUUCUUCCGACGAAGAAUUUUCGAAGAAAAUUCAAGAAUUAACCUUCAGAUUUCAACAUUCCGACGUAAAUAUCGACGAAUCUCAAACGAGUUUCAGUUUAAUCGAGCAAGAAAAAGAGGAGAGAGAAGAUGAAAAGUUAACGGUUGAAUCUUCAUUAAUGGAGAUUCAAAGCGUCGAAAUGAAGGCGAAAAGCUUAGAUCUACCUCUAUCACUUCGAAUGAUUAAAAGGAAGAAGAAACAAUGGCAGGAAAACUUCAUUGAAGUUAGUGAAUCUGCUUGUUGUUCAGUGAAAAAGGCGUUUUCAUCAAUGGUGUUUAUAAUCAGAGAACUUCAAAGCUAUACUCUUCAAAUGAGAGAGAUUUUAUUCUUCGAAGAUUUACAAGGAAUUUUAGCGAGAGUACAAAAUGAAAUGAAUGCUUCAUUUGUAUGGCUUUUUCAACAAGUGUUCUCUCACACUCCUACACUUAUGGUUUAUGUUAUGAUUUUGUUAGCUAAUUUCACUGUGUACUCAAUCUCAAAUUCAUCCGCCAUUGCUGCUACUCCUCCGCCAAUUGUGGCGGUGGAGCAGCGAGAAAGCGGUGGCGGAUACAGUAAUUUCGACUUUUUCGGUCCUACGGUGACAUCGUCGUCGAAUACAGCAGGGUGUAAAACGACGGCGAUUGGUGGUAAUAAUGGUGGCGGAAACAAUGUGAGGCAAGUUGCAAGUGGAAUGGACGGUGAUGGUUGGAUGAAUAAUAAUUCCGGUAUUCUCCACCGUCCAAUUGUUUCGGAUGGUGUAUCAUCAUCGGUGAAUACGCGGCGGAAGCAAGGAGACGAAGAUGAACUCGAGCUUUGGCGUUCAAUUGUAAAUGAAGCUUCUAGAAUGCAAGGUGAAUUGAGAGAUGAAUCUCUUGAUGAUGAGACUUUGAAAAGAUUUGUUUCGCCGGUGAUGGCGAAAAUUGAAGAUGAUACUACUUAUGAAGAUUACUUCAAAACUGAGCUUCUUUAUCAAGGUGGUGUUACUCAAGAGCCUAAUAAUGUUUUGCUCUUGGCUAAUUAUGCUCAGUUUCUCUACCUCGUUGUUCAUGAUUUCGACAGAGCUGAGGAGUACUUUAAAAGGGCAGUGAAUGUGGAGCCAAAAGAUGCUGAGGCACAUAACAAAUACGCGAAUUUCUUGUGGCAAGUAAGGAACGACUUAUGGGCUGCUGAAGAGACCUUUCUAGAGGCAAUUUCUGCUGAUCCUAGUAACUCUUACUAUGCUGCUAAUUAUGCUCAUUUCCUCUGGAACACUGGUGGCGAGGACACGUGUUUUCCUCUCGAUGACUCUCCUGAUGACGAACCCCUCAAUGCUUGAGGAUCAAGGAAAGGAAAAGGAAGAACGAGGGAGAAAAGGAGAAUUGAUGGGUGCUACACGAUGUGUAAAUUGAGAGUCCACACACAAGGGCUUUCUUCAAUAUGGUGGGGGCUCAAUCAAGACAAUGGUGUAUUCUCCUCCUAGACAGUACUAGGAGGGUUCGGAACUGACCACUUAACGGACAUAAUUUAGAUUCGAUAUACUACUAAGCACUAAGCUGUUUGUUUUCGAACAAGAGAGGGAAAAGGAAGAGGAGCUCACACAAGUGUGCUUUAUCAAAAUGUGUUUUCUUUCUUCUCGUUUGAUAACAAACAGUUUGAUGUUCAGCUUUAUUCUCAAAACACGUGUAUUCGGAGGGUGUGAUUAGUGGUAAAUGGUGAUUGCUGGUGUUGGAAGAAUUGAGAGACAAAGAGAAGAAUGUGGGUUUAGUGGUGGGUGCACAUGGUGAAGGAAGUUGAGAUUUGAGCAUGAGACAUAAAGAUGGCAAAUGAAGCAAUGGACCAAUGGUGGGCAAAAGGCAAGAUUUGCUGAAGUAUGCUUGGCACACUGUGUCCUCUGCCUUCUUGAGAUCUACAAGAGACCAUAUACUUUUGCCUUGGAAACAAGAGGACCAAUUUUUAUGCACAUAAUCUUUUUCUUUUUCAGUUUCUUUUAGCCUCGUAAAUGUUCCAUAAUAAACUGUAACUAAAUUUUCUUCUUUGUUUAUAAAAUACCACAUGUAAUGAAAAUGGAGGGCUAAUAUUCUACUAAUUAUAAACAAUAUUAAUAACACUUUGUCUCUUUAAA